UCAAUAACAUCGAAACCAUUUUCAACGAUUUGUUUAGGUUAUUUUGUAGCCUACAUUAUCGUGGGAAAUGUCAACACAAGAAUUUAAAGUUAUUAUUCGGUGACUUUUACUGGUUAGGACCACAUAUUAAAAAGGUCCAAGAAUGGAGGGAAUGUAUAAAUCUGAUCCUGGUUAUGUUGAAAACAGUAUGCAGCACUUGGAAAGACCUCCAUCACCUACUCAAAUUUAUCCACUUCCUCGCCCUAAUGAAGGGAUAAAUAGCAGCAUUCUUGACCCUAAAAUAGAUGAUUCUUUAGAGCGUGGAAAUUUUACGCCCUUUCCAUUUGAUCCAGUUGAUAAUGUCUUAGAUCGCUCUCAGAACAGUCUUGGUGCUUUAGGCAGCAUUAUGCAUCGCAGACUUUCACACUCUCCUGAAGAAAAACACCUGCGACAGGGAAGAAGAAGAAAGUCAUCAAAAGAAACAUCUAUGGAUCAUUCUAAACACUCCACACCAGGGAAAUCCCCUAAGUCUCCAAUGGUUACAGAUAUAGAUCAGGCUAUGGCCCAGAGAGAUGAAAAGAAGUUAAAAUCAAUUUUGGUUGAAUCCAAUCCUGCUGGCAACACUUCAUUAGCUGCUUGUAGUAAGUCACCAUCCUCACACUAUCAAAUAGACAGUGAUGUGGAGGAGACAAACAUUGAUGAGGAGCCUCCUAGUGCCAAGAUGAUUGCCAGUCUGAAACAAAAGUCAAUAGAUGCAGAACUAGCAGACAGCUUGAUAACCACCCCCAACAGCGUCAGCACUGGGCCAAGAAGGAGGUGCCUGUUAAACAAAGACUACCAUGGAGCAUCAGUGAGCUUUGAUGAAGCUAUUAAAUGGCCACCAGCAUUACCAGCAGAGCUAGACAAAAACAAGGCUGAAAGUUUUGAUGGUGCCACCUUGAUGAACUGGCUGUGUUCAGAGUUCAACGAAUCCCAUCAUUUGUAUUCUAUUUUGAGUCGCCAUGACUACAGAAUCAUUGUCAGUCAAUUUUGCACACAUCUUCUCUCAGCGGGUAUCCUAUCUGAAGCAGAAAAAAAACACAGAGAAAACAUAUUUAAGACCCACAACCAGUACAAAUGGACUGGCCAUGACACCUGUCAAGACACACCAGGACUGGAGUCUGCUCAAGCAGCCUCCUACCAGCGACCUGUUGCUUCCUCUUUAAGCCACGAUGGGGUGGUUGUGGAGUGGAAUCACAGGCCCAGAUACUCAGAAGCUGGUUACAGAUCUACACCAAGCUGUGAUGUUUUUUUUCUUAACGAUUGUUCACCCGAUGCUGUUCAUGUGGACAGCUUGUUAGCUGCACCCCCUAACACCCCACUGUCUACCCCCUUGAUGAGCAUGGACACCUCCCCCGCUGGUUACUUGAGUGAUUGCCUACAGUUUGAGUACUUCAAGAAACCUGACAUAUCUGGUCAGGAUUUUAGCCCUAAGAUUGAGAAAACACAUUGCCGUAUCCCAACAAAGACAGAGAGGAUACAAAGAAAUAUUCCAACAAGCAUUGAGGCAGUACACAGUGCUAGCAAACAAGAGCAGAGUUAUGAGUUUGAUCCUAAGAUAGAGCAGACUUUAUCCUCUACUGCUAAGAUAAAAAUUGAUGAGUUACAGAAAAGUGAAGUCUCAUCAUUUGAGAAAAGUGAUGUUUCAUCCAUAGAGAAAAGUGAAGUCUCAACAUUAGAGAAAAGUGAUGUUCCAACCUUAAACAAAAGUGAUGUUCCAACCUUAGAGAAAAGUGAUGUUCCAACCUUAAACAAAAGUGAUGUUCCAACCUUAGAGAAAAGUGAUGUUCCAACCUUAAACAAAAGUGAUGUUCCAACCUUAGAGAAAAGUGAUGUUUUAUCCACCAAGAAAAGUGAUGUCUCAACCAUAGAAAAAAGUGAUGUUGUUACCUUAAAGAAAACUGAUGUUCCAACCUUAAAAAAAAGCGAUGUCUCAACCAUAGAAAAAAGUGAUGUUUCAACCUUAGAGAAAAGUGAUGUCACAGCCUUAGAGAAAAGUGAUGUUCCAACUUUAGAAAAAAAUGAUGUCUUAACUAGAGAAAAAAUUGAUAUUCCAACUUUAGAGAAAAGUGAUGUUUCAUCUGUAGAAAAAAGUGCUGUUCCCACCUUAGAAAAAAAUGAUGUCUCAACUAUAGAAAAAAGUGAUGUUUCAACCUUAGAAAAAAAUGAUGUCAGAACUAAAGAAAAAAGCAAAGUCCUAACCAACAACAGCUCAUCAGUGCAGGAGAUUACUAAAGCUGAGAGCAUCAGCUGUAGAGAGCCAUCUGUCCACUGGUCCAGCACAGUUCCCUCACAAGUCCUACCUCCUGCCACAUCAUCCCCUGUCCUGGCCACACACAGUAACAAAAGUUUUCUCAGGCCAUCAUCAGAUCUAAUGUUGACAGCACCAAUACUGCAGGCUGACUCCCCUUUGCUUCGCUUUGAACCUGUGGAUGAGAAACGUGACAGUGAAGCGCAACUAAAAAAGGAGUUUGAAGAACAAAAAGAAAGCUUAAAGAAAGGACAUGAAGAAGAAAUUGCUAGGAUGCGAGAAGGCUACAUCAGUCAGAUUGAAAGGUUGAGUGAUCAGAUUAUUGCCUUGCAAGGUGAACUGAACAAGAUGAAGACUCUAGCAGGCAUAGAUAAACUAACACAGGAGGCGUUGCAUGCUGCAGAUGCUGCCAGUAGAGAAGCAGGCUACAGGCAGCACAAUGGAUCCACAGAGUCCAAGGAGAUGAUGAUAGCUGUCACCGGCACACCAACCCACCUGAAAAGUUUGAAAGAUGACUCACUCUUGGAGACCCAGGAUUCUUGCCGCUUUGACGCCCCUCCACCGAUUCCGCCACCCCUACCUACCAUGACAUACUCUAAACCUCCAGUUCCACCACCUCCACCACCUCCACCUCCACAUGCAAUAGGGGGGCCACCACCACCGCCCCCACCGCCCCCUCCUGGGUUUGGUGGUCCACCACCGCCCCCUCCACCCCCUCCUGGUGGUCUUGGUCCACCACCCCCACCCCCACCACCCGGAGGACCAGGAUUAGCACAAAGAAAAGAAUCUAGCAAGCCUAUCAUUAAUCCUAAGUCUCCAAUGAAGCCAUUGUUUUGGAAAAGAAUUCAGGUUCCAACAGCUAAAUCAAGUAAAGAUGUUUCUGCUGGUUCAUCUGGCCAUCAGCUGUUCUGGGAGGAGAUUGAAGAAGAGAACAUCAACUUUGAGUUUUUUGAGGAACUUUUUGCCAAGGUGCCAGUUGAGCCCAAGAAGAAGGCUGCCAGCAACACAAAGAAACCUAAAGCUGUGCAGGCAGCAAAAGUUGUCCCCCCUAAAAGAUCUCAGGCAGUUGGUAUAUUGUUAUCCAGUAUAAGGAUGGAGUUUUCAGAGAUUGAAGAAGCUAUCCUCAACUUGGACACAUCAAAUUUGGAUGUGGAAAAAUUUAAAGCAAUAUAUGACAAUAGACCAGAUGAAGAGGAAAUAAAGAUGAUCAAACAACAGCUGGAGAAACAUCCUGAUGUCCCAUUGGAUAAACCUGAACAAUUUCUUUAUGAUCUUGAGCAAAUUCCCUAUGUCAGUGAUAGGAUAUUUUGCUUCAUCUUCCAGUCAUCCUUCCAGGAGAGUAUGACACAGAUUGACAGUAAAUUAAAUAAUUUAAAAAUGACGUGUCAGUCUCUAUCAACAUUUGUGGGAGUGAAGAGGAUAUUUGGCUUGAUUCUUGCUUGUGGAAACUAUAUGAAUGGAGGUAGCAGAACUAGAGGUCAGGCAGAUGGUUUUGACCUGGAGAUUUUAUCAAAACUAAAAGAUGUCAAAGGAAAAGAUAACCGGACAAGUCUCCUGCAGUUUGUUGUAUCCCGUUAUGUCCAGAAGUAUGACGUUGAAGUCAUGGGGACGGACAAGGCAAAGCUGCCAUUGCCUGACCCCAGUGAUAUACUUCAGGCUGGGCUUGUCAACUUUGAAGACACAGAGAAGGAGCUCAGGAGGAUACGCAAAGAUUUUGAAAGUGCAGAGAGCAAAGCCAACAAUAUUUUGUCAUCAUUAACAUCAGAUCACAUUGAACCCUUCAAAUCUGUAAUGACAGCAUUUUUCCAAAAAGGCAAGCAAGAUUUAUCAGAACAAGAAGAUAACUUACAUGAGUGCAUGAAAUUGUUUGACCAGACCUGCACAUUUUUCUGUGUCAAGCCACGCGGCAAUGAAAAGGUGGUCACCCCAGAACAUUUCUUUUCUCUCUGGUUAUCAUUUUGUUCUGAUUUUAAGGAUAUGUGGAAGAAAGAGCAGCAGCAUAUCAUGAAACUCAGAUUAAAGGAAGCAGAAGAAACUGUAAGGAUGAUUAAAGAAUCUAAAUCUGUUUUACCUCCAACAAGAGCUAAAAAAAUUGGAGGGCUGAAAGACAGAUUAUCAAGGCAAGGCAAAAUUUAGAUGCUUUUAUAGUCUUUGGUUCUGCUGUUGGUUAAAUCUGCAAUAUCCCACCCUGAAGGUACACUACACAAGCUGAUAACGAGAAUGUCAUCAGUGAAGUUAUUAAAAUUGUUUUAGCAAUACGUUUGUGAAUAAAACUGUACAUAUGUAAAAAAAAAAAAAAAUAACCAAUCAAAUUGAUAUUUAAUAGUGAUUAUAAUCUGGUUAUUAUACAUAAUGGCUUAUUGUUUUAUUAUUUAGCAUUUUUACCUUUGGUAGGUUAACUAGUAAUUUGGCAGUUUCACUGUGAGUAAAAUCUCACCAAAAAUAGAGAUAAAUUUCAGAUGCUACUUUAAACAGUAGGUUACAUUUGCUGAAAAUGAUAACUCACAGCUAAAAGUAAUGUAGUAAAGAGUUGUCUUCCUUAGCUUCUGAAAUGUUAUGAUGAAAAUACAUGGUUGCUGGCCAUUGUAUAUAAUCUCUGAUUUACUAUAUAUAUAUAUAUAUAUAUAUAUAUAUAUAUAUAUAUAUAUAUAUAUAUAUAUAUAUAUCUGUAAUACAAAUAUGCAUGUGUAAAUAUCCUUUUCAAAAAAAUAAAAGUGACAGUAUAAAUGAAACAAAACCGUGAUACUUGAUGAAAGCUAAUCUCUGUUUCAAGUUUUAACUGUACAGUAGUUGCGAACUGGUUCUGUUUAUCUGAUUCUUAAUCUGUGAACAAUUCUUUGAAUGGCUGUGCUGAUGUAAACUGCUGGUUUUUUUAUAUGUUGAGCCUGUUUUAACAUAAAUAAAUUUGUUUUAAAGUUUUUAAAUUUUGUUUUAGAAGCAUCUGAAACUUAUGUGCGUUCUGAAAAAAAAAUAGAAUAACAUUUUUUUAAGUAUAGAAUCUAAUAGGGUUGCAAAAUUUUCUAAUGUGACUUAAUAAUUCUUGUGUCCUAUAUUUUCUAGUCUAGUCUUUUUCAAAAUGGCAUUGUUAGAAAAAAUAUCUUGUGGCAUUUGUCAGGUUAGAAAUUGUUUUCAUUAGUCUUAUAGUCUUAGCAGUAAAAAAAAGUUUUUCAAAAUUUGAUUUUAACAGGCUAGUUGAGAUGGGGUGUUGGCAUUAUUGUGAUAUCUGAUCAGCUGCCAGUUGGGAGGGGGGAGGGAGCUGGUGUCUCACAUCAGUAUCUUGAAUGCAGGCAUUCUGAAUCAUAUCCCAUGAUGGUUUGGCUGGCCAAGCCUGAUGUAAAAUAUUUGUUUGUUCCAUCUUCUCACUGUCUGCUGUUCUUCUGUCUUAUCCGUGUUUAUUCUUCGACUGUUUUUAUAUCUCAAAGAUAAAAACAUUUAUGCAAUUACGUAAACAAUUUUUUAAAUUUAAAUUAGGUAUUUAUCCCAAACACCAACUUUAAAAAAAAUUUAUAUCAUUUCUUUUAUUGGCAAUGCAGGCAUCUAUACUUCUAUCACACCCACUUGAAACAAAAGACAAUUUUUCAAAUCUUUGUUUGUAUGGUAAAAAUAUGCAUAUAAAUUCUUAUGUUAACUAGCAUACUUGUUUUAAUAUAGGAAAUUAAAGGUUUUUUUUGUUGUCACUGUGUACUGUAUAAGCCAUAUUGUGUUCUGUGUGUGUAACCAGUGCAUGAAACAUGUAGAUCACUUGUUCAUAACUUCUUCAUAAUUUGUUCAUAUGUAUAUCUUCUCAUCUCUGAUGCAAGAAACAUUUUUUUUUUAAAUUAUGUAUCCCAAACCUUUAUUCUUACCUCCCAUGCUAUUUUAGUCAUUAUCUAUUAUCUCCCAUGUUGCCCCUAACAUUAAAGUUUAUUUAUCCUUGUUUAGCCAUAAAUUCUGCUCUAUUCUUACCUCCCAUGCUACCCCUAAUAGAAGUUUUUUAAAAUCCUGCUUAUUCUGUUUUACAUGGAUUAGAUGCACUGUGAUUAUGGUAGACUUAAUAGCUUAUCCACUGUGUUAACAUUUUACUUUCAAUUUGACAAUUUAAAUUUCAAGGUCUUAACACUAUUUUGUUUAUAUAUUUAUCUUUUAGCUUUCAAAACACAUAUGGCCUAUACAUUAGGAAAAUUCCAAGUCUCAUGUAGAGUACAAUAAUAUCAACUCCAUUGAUAAAACCAUUAGCUUGCACAUACUGGGUUUUAUUUCUUUAGCAUUAAAUAUUAGUUGCUUUGUUUUUCUAAAAUGAAUCGUAAAAUUAGUUUCCUAUCUGUGUUGAUAGAUAAAUGUGUCUGGAUUUUAAAAUAUUUGUUUCAUAUCUUAUUACAUGGAGCAUUCAUAUUUUGCUUAAUUGUGGAUGGAAUAAAGAAAAAACAAACAUUAGACACAUCAACAUCAGGUUUUAUUGCUUUGAUAUUUUGUGUUUUGAAAUUAAUUGCUAUGGUGUACAUAGAUAAACAUGCUGAAAUUGUGUUAACAUAGAUCAAUAUGUUUUUUUAUGAAAAUGUUUGAAAUAUUUGAAUUGGAGAAUGUAUCUGAACAUAAAACGUGUUCAGAAUUUUAAAAAAUGAAAUCAAACUAAUUGAUAAGUGAUACAUUAAAUAUAUUUUAAUGUGU